AUGUAUGCUGAUGCUGACUGGGCAGGUGAUCCCAGUGACAGAAUCUCAACAUCGGGUCAUAUGCUCUUCUUGGGACCAAAUCCCAUAUCUUGGUCCUCCAGGAAACAACAAUCAGUUGCUCGAUCAUCCACAGAAGCUGAAUACAAAUCGGUCGCCAAUGCACUCGCGGAGCUUACAUGGGUCCAAAACCUCUUGGAUGAACUGAGAACAAAAUUUUCAAUGAUAGAGAAUUCAAUGGCCGAUUUUUAUCAUAAAAUGAUAGAUGAAGUUUCUGUGUUGUUGAUUGAUGAUGAUAAAAAAUUUGUCAGUGAGAUGAUUUAUUUACUCGAGUCUCACGAAUAUAAAGUUAGGACAGUUGAUAUGGCUUCACAAGGAAUGUCAAUGCUCUCCAAAGGAAAGGAAAAAAUUGAUUUAAUGAUUAUCAAUAUGAAUUCAGCCGGCUUGCUUUCAUUUCAGCUUUUGGAUCAAGCUGUAGCCUUGGAUAUAGUUUCAGUUUGUAUUUGUGAUGAAUACGAUGUACGUUCAGCAAAGAAAGCUUUUGAAAGUGGUGCUUAUUUUUACAUGCAAAAGCAACUUUACCAAGGAUUUGUGAAGUACAUGUGGCAACUUGUAUUGCAAAAGAAUAUACAAGAGGGAAAGACUAUUGAUGUCAUUGAUAUUGUUGGAGAUAAUGUAGAGGAGAAUAAUGUGCCUAUUAAUAUAGAUGAGCAAGGCAAUGAUAUCCAUGAGACCACAAAUGAUGUUGUAUCUAAUGAAAAGAGCAAAUUGAGGAAAAAGAAAGGUAGAAAACUGACUGAAGAGGAAAAGAGUCAAAGCAGUGCUACUAAGGUUAUUAUUCGACGAAAGACUCGCAUCAUAUGGACUGCGGAUCUUCAUGACAAAUUUCAACAAGCUGUGAACAAACUCAAUGAUGGCAGAUGUUUUCCAAGUGAUAUUCUUGAGGCGAUGAAUGUACCUGGUCUUACUAGGUAUCAAGUAGCUAGUCACUUGCAGAAAUGUCGUAACAAUACUUGGAAAGCUCCAAGGAAGAGAAAAUCUAGUUGUCGUCAAUUAGGAAUCUCAAGUAGCCUUGGAAUAUUUGAGACGACGACGUCUCAUGUUAAAAUGAAUGUUACAAAUCUACAACAGCAAGAAACCCAAAGAAGCCCAGCAACUCCAUUUCUACCAGACAAUAAUAAUAUUUUUGCUAGAGGAGCAGAGAGUUCAACUUUGCAGGAGGUCUAUGUUGAUCCCCAAUACCUCAACCCACUUUUAUCAAACAAUGUUGCUGAGGAGGGACCUUUAUGGGGAUCAAAUAUUGGGCUAGAGUUUAACAAUGGGAUUCAUCAUGCUCAAAAUGACUAUGCCUUGGAUGUAGCAACAGCGCCAGCUGAUACAAAUAUCUCCAAUGCGACAAUUGAUGGAUUGGGAGUAGCAAAUAAUGAUUUUCAGCAACAUAUUGGUGAGUUGCAAGGAUCAAAUAUUGGGAGCGCGGAUUAUACACCCGGGCUAGAGUUUAACAUUAAUGGGAUUCAUCAUACUCAAAAUGACUAUGCCUUGGAUACAAAUAUCUCCAAUGCGACAAUUGAUGGAUUGGGAGUUCAGCAACAAAACAUGGCUCAACAUAUUGUCACAACAUCACAUGUGAGUGAUACUCAAGGAAGUGAGAUGAUGGAUUGUGAUGCUUAUUUUGAUUUCGAUAAGCUGGAUUUCUUCUAUCAGAAUAAUGAACUUCCAAGUUUUGACCUACCCAAUGAACAUGACAGUUUGUUUGAUCAAGUUUACUCUGAUGAUAUGGUGACAUCCAGUGUUCAAUUUCCAGAUAUAACAAGUUUUCCUGAUGAUUCUUCAACAUGA